GUGCAAAUUAAGGUCACUCUACGCGGGUUUUAAGAACGCAUUGGUCAAAGCUAAAUAAUGCGUGUUUAUUGGAAAAAUCAAGAUGUCCAUGGCUAAAUACAUAAACCGUUCCGUGGGCAAAGCUGGCAAAGAUGUGGCAACAAGGAUAUGCACCCUUAAACCCACUGAACCAGAGCACCAUGCGAUUCACCUUACUGCCGGAGAGAAUUUCGUGGGACGAAGCCGGGAAACCGGAAUCAGGGACUCAAAGUGUUCAAAGCGGCAAAUCCAGCUAAAGGUGGACCUAAAGAAUGCCAUUGUUGGCCUGAAAGUGUUGGGUGUCAAUCCCUGCGGCGUCAAUGGACUGAUGGUUAUGCAGCACUCGGAAUGUGAGCUAAAGCACGGCGACCUGGUGGAAAUCGUGUACGGCAGGCAUCCUUUUGAGGUGGUUUUCAGUCCUCCACCAACGGAUAAUACAGCGGAAGCUGCUCCAUCGCUCACUUUAUCAUCGGUCCCAGAGAAAUCCGAGAGAUGGGACUCCGCUGGCAAUGGAAAACUUGUAAUCUAUACCAGCAAUGGCGUCAAAUCGUCUGAAAAGAUAGCCGGUUACGAUAUGGAUGGCACCAUCAUAAAAACCAAAUCGGGAUUGGUUUUUCCCAAAAAUACUGACGAUUGGCAGAUCAUAUUUCCCGAAGUCCCUGGAAAACUAAAUAAUCUUUACAACGAUGGCUUUAAGAUCUGUUUCUUCACCAACCAAGGAGGCAUAGCUCGCGGUAAAAUUAGCUUAGAUGACUUUAAGGUCAAGAUCAAGCAAAUUGUGGCUAAACUAGGAGUUCCAAUUCAAGUGUUCAUAGCCAUCGGUGACGGAUUUUACCGCAAACCGUUGACAGGAAUGUGGGAGCAUCUGAAGAGUGAAAUGAAUGAUGGUGUUGAGAUUCGGGAAGAUCGAUGUUUCUUUGUGGGCGAUGCAGCUGGAAGACCGGAGACGGGCAAAGGAGCAACAAAGCAGCGCAAGGAUCACUCUCUGGCAGAUAGACUCUUCGCCACCAACAUUGGACUUUCUUUCUAUACUCCAGAAGUCCAUUUCCUCGGAAAAGCAGUUGAACAGUGGAACCAGCCGAGCUACGAUCCCACUAGCGUCCCAGACCAGUUGACUCUGUUUGAGCCCGAUGACCUGACCUUCGAAAACCAUCCCUGUGAAAUGGUUAUCAUGGUGGGUCUUCCGGGAUCAGGAAAAAGCCACUUUUGUUCAUCCUUUUUCAAAUCGCGGGGCUACAAGAUCGCCAAUGCAGACACCUUGGGAAGCACACAAAAUUGCUUAACUGCUUGCAAACGAUUUUUGGACUCCGGACAAUCUUGUGUGGUGGACAAUACAAAUGUAGAUGCAGCUUCUCGCAAGAAGUUCUUGCAGCUGGGUAGCGAAAAGGGAGUACCCUGUCGGUGUCUUCUUAUGAAUGUGCCCGUAGCUCAAGUUAAGCACAACAUAGCAUUCCGAGAGCUAUCAAAUCCUUCGCACGCUAAGAUCAAGGAUUUGGUCUUUAACAUGAUGAAGAAAAGGUAUCAGGAGCCAGCCUUGGACGAAGGAUUCAAAUCUAUACACAAGGUGAACUUUAAGCCGGAAUUUUCCGACGAGAAGCAAGAAAAACUAUACAAAAUGCACUUGCUGGAGAAGUGAGGAAGUAAGAAAAGAUCUAUUUAAUCCAAAGUGAAUAUACGCUUGGCUAUGUCGUCGAUCAACCAGUCCAUGGAACUGAGCAGUUUCUCUCCAGUCACCGCGCUAACUCCGGCUACCAGCCAAUGAUGCGUAGUGAUAUCCUCCAGGUGUAGUAUCUUUAAUGAUAAAGGAUAUUAAAAUAUUUUUUUUAGAUUA